AUGCUUGAGAUUCUUUCAGGAAUGCUUGCCAUUAUUUUUCUAUUUAUCACUCUUGCAACUCCAUUCGCAAUAACCAUAUUUAUCUAUUAAAAGCAUGAAAGUAUAUAAAAUGAUGAUGAAUUUGAAAAUAAAUGGGGAUCAAUCUAUGAAUCAUUAAGAAAGGAACAAAUUUCUACACUGUUUUGGAAUGUCAUAUUUCUUUUCAAAAGACUGAUAUUUGCAAUAAUUGCUGUAUUUAUGAGAGAGUACCCUGCUCUUUAGAUAUUGAUCCUUAUAAUGAUGAAUCUUGGAUCUAUGCUUUAUAUAUUCCACACCAAGCCCUUUGAUGAUGCUAAAACCAACAAUCUAGAAGUCUUUAAUGAAGCUUGUGUUCUUGGGAUAUCAUAUCAAAUAUUAUUCUUUACAGAUUAUCUCAGAGAUCCCUUGAUCUAAUACCAAAUAGGCUACGGAAUACUUAUUGUUACUGGAUUAAUGAUGGGAGUAAACACUAUAUUUAUGCUAGUUAUGUUAGUAUUUGAAAUAAAGCAAUGUUUUCUAGAAAAGAAAAAAAGAUUCAAUAAUUGGAGAACUGAAUUAAAGUAGAAAAGAGCAUAGUCUAGAGUUGAAAAAUAUCAAAAUACUGAAUAAAGUGAUAAAGACAAUGCUUUUAGCAAGGUUUAUGAUGAAAAGUCUCUGAUUAAUGAAUUAAACAAAACCAAAGCCAAAUUGCUAAUUGAUCCUGAAUCUUCUACUUAAAGGAACUCGUCAAAUGCUUAGAUAAAUAUCUAGCCUGUGACAAUGGCAGAUAAGUUCGAAAUUCAAAUGGAGAUGCGAAGUCAAUAUCUUAAUGUGGGGAAAAAACAUAACAAGAAAAAAGUCAAAAAGAAGAAAAAGAAAAACAACUAAGGAGGGCAAGAUAACUAAAAUAGAAAAGUUAGAAAGAUUGAAUCUGAAUCUAAAGUAGUAAAAGUACCUACAGAAUAAGAGACAUUCGAUAUAUUUGGGACAUUUGGGCCCUCUUAAUAAGUAAAAAGUAGUGUAAAUAUCAUUGUUGAUGAUUUGGAUAUUCAUUCACCUAAUUUAAAGACAUAAUAAAAUACACAAAAUACUAAAAGUUAAGGGGAUACCAAUAGUCCUUUAAUCAAAAUUAGCUCUUGA